GGCAGCGGGGGGAGCGGCGGAGGCGGCGCCGCGGCAGCGCCAUGGCCAAGUGGGGCCAGGGGGACCCGCGCUGGAUCGUGGAGGAGCGGGCGGACGCCACCAACGUGAACAACUGGCACUGGACGGAGCGGGACGCGACCAGCUGGUCCAAGAGGAAGCUGAAGGAGGUGCUGGAGGGGCUGGUGGUGGAGGGCGAGGCCGGGCGCUGCGAGAUCGGCGACCUCAAACACGUGGAGGGCGAAGCGUCCUGCAACAGCCGCAAGGGGAAGCUCAUCUUCUUCUACGAGUGGAACCUGCGCCUCAGCUGGAAAGGUACAGUGAAAGAGUCUGGUGAGAAACAUAAGGGAUCUGUUGAAAUUCCUAACCUGUCAGAAGAAAAUGAGGUAGAUGAUACAGAGAUAAAUGUUAGCAAGAAGAAAGGGGAAGGUGAUGUCCUGAAGGAGCUGAUGAGAACUGAAGGAACCACCAAAGUCAGAGAGGCCCUGAGGGACUACCUGAAAGCACUUAAAACAGAGUUCACCUUGGGAAUGAUUCUGCCCACAAAAGCUGCUGCUGUAGGUCAGGACCUGGCCACAGAGCGCAAACCAGGCGGGAGCCCUGUGCAGGACUCUGUUACACCACAGGCUCUGGAUAUGGUGGGAGUAAAAAUUCCAACAGUGAGGAUACACAUGAGGGAAGUCUUCAACUCUCCAGCUGAUGAACUGUACAGCAUCUUCACAAAGAAGGAAUUGGUACAGAAAUUCUCCAAGUGCCCAGCUGUGAUUGAAGCAGAGAAAGGAGGCAAACUCCAGAUGUUUGAGGGCUGUGUCAGUGGUGAAUACACAGAACUGGUGCCAAGCCAAAGACUUGUCCUGAAGUGGAGGUGUAGGAGCUGGCCUGAGGAACAUUAUGCAACUGUGGCCUUGACCUUCCAGGACCUGGCAGCUCAGUCGGAGCUGGAGCUGGAGUGCAAAGGGGUUCCUGUCUCCCACGAAGAGAGUACAAGACAAUGCUGGAAGAAGCAAUAUUUUGAAGAAAUACAUCUUUUACUGCAGCAAUCAAAAGACAGCAUGGAAUGAUAACAGCACUGUAGUUUUGUUAGGGCAUUACUUUUUAUACUUUGUUAACAUUUGGUUUUCUAAAAAAAGAAAAAAUAUAAUUUAUUUGUGGGAAGAAUAAAGACCCACUUCUAUGAGACUGUACAUAGUUUAAGCACUAUUUAUGGGUUUUUAGGGAAUGAGAGGCAAGUCAGACUGUACAUCAACAGCUUUACCUGGGGACAGUGAUCUCUGUUCUGCUUGCCUGGAACUUGAGAGUGAUAAUGAUCCAGUUGCAGUGAGCCCUGCCUUCAGAGGUAGGUGAGCUACACCAUCAACAGAAGCAUUUCCAGUUCCUUACUGUUCAGUGUAUCAAGUGGCAGAAUGAAAUCCCUGUAGGAGACGGAGUUCCCAGCAGAGGUGAGCUGCAAGGGAUUACAAAACUGCUGAUCCAUUUCAAGAAUUGGGGGUGUCAUUUACAGUCUCUGUGGAAUACUUGCUAGGUGCUUUUAACUGCAGACCGUUUGCAGCUGCAGUGUUAGGGAAGAUAAUUAACAAUGUCAUGUAAUUAUUAGGUCUGCAUGCACUGUACUCCCUCCCUUGACCUUGGUGUGACAUUUAUUUAGGAAGAAACAAACAGUAGUAGUGCUUUCUUUCUGCAGUUCUGUAAAACCUUCCACUGAAAUGAUUCACAGCCCUCUGCAAUGCUGUACCUCAAAGAGAACAACUGUAAAGAGAAUUUUGACAGGAACAGAUUGUAAUUCCUAAUACAAGCAUCUCGAGGUGAGCAAGGAUGACUUAAGUCUCAGAUGCUUUAUAAAUAAAGUGUGCAAAUGAAAUAUGCAAUCUGAAACAAUCUGACCACAACAGGGCAGGCUGCUUUUGGAAAACAUGCUUGGCUCAAUAAAAAUAUGACUUUACAUCAA